AUGAUGAUUUAUGGGCGAAUGAUGGCGCUGGCUGCCGGAUACAAUAUCUUCUUCAGCCUGACUGCCAUCUGCAUUGGAUUGGUAAGCGUUUUAGGGGAUUUUUAAAGACAAAAACGGGCUUGUUUUAUCAUUGGCACCUCGCCGAAUAUACCCGGUCGUGUCUGCUUUUGUCUUUUUUACAUAUGUGUAUCAGUCUGUCGGAAAAAGAAUGAGCACUUUAUAUUAGGGUGUCCCAUAAGUCUUGUGUAUUUUUGGGUUUGAGAAUUAAAGUCUCGUUUAGCAGGCCUAAAUGAAUGCAUCCCUUAAUGUUUGGCACUGUUGAAACCGCCAUCUCUUACACUUAUAAGCAGCAUAAAAAUUUUAGCUAAUAACAUACCCUCCGGGAAAAUACUGUAAAUUCUUUAAUAUCAUCAACUUCUGGGAAGGGCUGGGAAAACCAUUCCGUUUUUUGAUAAAUGGGGCUGCACCUUUGCAAUUGCGUUUUUUAACACAUCUACUAAGUAACCUGUUUCUAAAUAAACCGUUUUCCCCUCUGAAUUUGUUCUUAUAACGUUGUCCUGCAGGUUUCUUGUAUUAGGCACCAUGGUGAAUAUUGUGAUGUACAUAAUUUUGCGUAUAACAUUUUUUGAGGGUGGUUACUCAGGUCGCGCCGAUACCAGAGUGAAAAAAACAUAACGUUCAUGCGUCGUAACUAUGAAUCCGCUGGCUGCCUUGUUCUGAAUCACCACUAACCAAAAAAAAAAAAAAAAAAAUAUCCAUUUACUCAACACCAAAAAAGUCGGUGUGGAUACAAAUAACAUUGUAGUGCAGUGUGUUCUAAACAGUGGCAUAUGUGUUUUAUUUUAGCAAGAGGAUUUUGGAAUAGAGGUGCUGAGGGCUGAAAAAUCACUCAAUUUAAAAAAAAUUCUGUAAAUUUUUAAAAUAAUUAGAAAAUUUUUAAAUUAAGCUUAUUUCAAGAAACAAAAGUGACACAGGCGGUGAUUAUUAUGUCGUUGUGUUCAUAAAUAACAGUAGAUUACCUACCAUACGCAGCUACAGCCAACACUUUCUACUAUUGGAAAAUUGAGUCUGAAAAGCAUGAGUGCAGCAGUUCUCAUGUUAUUUACACCACCACCAAGGUACCCCCGCCCGUGCUUCCUAUUUUCAUGUUUAAUAGGCGUACACAUCUGAUUUUCCAAAGUAUAUACCCAUUUCAACAUCAGCAAGCAAAAUUUUUUUUGAUGUCUAGUACAAUAUUGGGGUAGUGCGGGUAGCAGGUGGAUUUUUUGCAGCCUUGCUAUAUACGGUUUAAAAGCGCAAUUCCUGAUCUUCAAAACCGUAUGUCUAACAUAUCUCGUAAUGCGUUACAAAGGUCACAGGAAUUCGCACAAGUCGACAACCCCAAAAUACACAAGACUUAUGGGACACCCUAAUACAAUGGAUUAGAAAAAUGGACAUUAAUUUUUCUUCGAUUUUUCCUGCCAUAAAACAGUUUGUGAGGAAAGGUAUAUAUGGCAUGAAAGAGAACAUAUUUACUGUAGAAUUUUUUCCUGGAAUGCAAAAGUUUCCAACAUACAAUAGCAGGAAGGUCGCCGGGUCACCGCGCCAAUUCCCGCGGCAAAAUUUCAAAACCUUUUACUCCUAAUUUUUUUAGAGCUUCUACAGAAUUUUGGCUCGUAUUAGCUGUUCAGCAAAAGUGAUAUAUAAAAGAUUUUAAUGGUUGUGAUAAACCAAGGAAGUUGAGAAUAAUAAACCUAUUUUUCUUUCCAUUGGUUACGGUAUUCCUGCGGGGAUAGACCGAUUUUUAGCCCUGUCCCUUUUUUGGUCCACCCUGUACGCUUCUAAAUUCUUGGAGUUUAGAAGCCAGUACCACAUGGGACUAUCUACUUUUACCUCACCGAUUCUCCAUUCCUCCUUCACACCUCGCAAUUAGCUCAGCAGUUCGCGCUGCAUUUAACAUUUGCCACGAUCUACAUUCACGCCGCCCUACCUUCAAUUCAGUUUUUUAUCCGCUACAACAUAAUCAAGGAUAAGCGACCCAACCUCAGGAAAUUGUACACAAGUUUUAUUGGUCUGGUUCUGUUUUGUGGCGUCUAUUCGUGCACUUAUGAAUUUGACUUUGAAGAGCAACCGGAAAGCUAUAGGCAGUUGUUGUAUUCAGGUGUUAAAGGUUGCAAUCUAGAUGACGUUUUGCCAACCUACAGCGUUAUUGACAAGGUGAGUUGGAGAGCAAGGACUAAAUGCUUUCAGUCCGCAAUCAUAAGCCGGAUCCACGGAGCCUGCGUCGUUGUCAUAUUGGGCACCAGCAGCGUUGUAGUUGCUUAUUAUGGCGUCUUAACAUGGCUUCAUUUUAAACAACGCCUUGCGAAAACAACUUAUCAGAUGAGGAAGUUCAACAGGGAUAUCAACUUGGUGCUUACGUUUCAGGCAAGUCUUCAUUUUCUCUAUAUGUUUUUGAGUCUGUCGGGGAAAUAAUGAGGACACAGUCGCAUCGAAAGUCCUCGCUGCGGAAAAAAUGCAUAGUUUUGUCGCCGUGACGAUAUUGUGCUCAUUACGUCCCCGACAGACUGCGAGUAUUUUCAUAAAGUCCAUGGACAUUGUGACAAAAAAAAUUCACAAUGCACUGUGCGAAAGAGAACAGACUUCCGUGCACUUUAUGAAAAUACUAUCGGUCUGUCGGAAAAAUGAGAAACACUUUCGAGUUUCUUCCAAACGAAGUCUCAAAAUUGACAAAAAAAGUAAAGGAAUUCCAAGAAAAAUAUUUUUUCGGCUGCGGAAAAAAUAUUUUUCGGUCGGAAAACCCCACGAAAAAUUCUUUUAUGACAUUUCGUUUGAUUUCUUGAUUGUUUCGCGACACAAUUCAUUUUUUUGGUGCUGCAAUUUCGAAGCGACACGAUCAGCGCAGCGUCGCUGCGCUCAUUAUUUUCCCAACAGACUGUUACUAAUAUUAUAUACAUAGUAUCAAUUUCAGGCUUUACUUCCCUUCACUUUCGUCGUCCUCCCAAACAGUCUGUUCCUCGCCAACCUUGUUCCCGUCAACAUGACGUCUACAGUCGGCCUCAUCGCAAACUUUGGCUCAACGACGAGUCCGCUUCUGGAUGCUCUUAUCGUUCUGUUUGUGAUCCCCGCUUUCCGCAGGAACGUUUUGAAAUCUUUAAGCAGCUCGACGCAUCGCUCCAGCAACACUAUUUUCACAACUCUGUAA